CAAGGGCUGGCUAGAAUAUCCCAGGAACAGGGUUCAACAAUAAGCAGCAGCAGAUCUCACUGGGACACUUUCCUUGGGCUCCUUUUAAUUCAUCUCAUCUGCGCCGCACUCUUCUCGCUGGGAAUGGCUAAGGGGGGGAAAAACCCCAAGGGGAAAAAGGUCACCUUGAAAGUUGCCAAGACCUGCAUCAAGAUCACAUUUGAUGGGAAACGUCGCCUUGAUCUGAGCAAGAUGGGCAUCACUACUUUCCCCAGGUGCAUCUUGAAGUUGAACGAUGUGGAUGAACUGGACCUCAGCAGAAACAUGCUCAAGAAGAUCCCAGACUCAAUUGAGAAGUUCACGAACCUGCGCUGGCUGGACUUGCACAGCAACCAGAUUGAGAAGCUGCCAGAAACAAUAGGGAACCUCCAGAGUCUCAUUUUCCUGAACCUUUCCAACAACAAGCUAACGGCCCGGAGCUUGCCCAUGGAGCUGAACCAGCUCAAGCUCUUGCGUAAUCUCAAUCUUGGCCUAAACCACAUCGACAACCUCCCAACCACUCUGGGGCAACUGAAGGAGCUCCAGGAAGUUGGAGUAUUUGACAAUUUGCUGAAGAGCAUCCCAAACAGCAUUGCAAAGCUCCCCAAACUCAAGAAGUUGAACUCCAAGCGGAAUCCCUUUCCUGGGCCCACAGAAGAGGAACUCUACAUUGACCACAUUAAGCGCCUCGAGACACUCUACGUGGUGGAAGAAAAAGAUCUUUGCUACCCAUGCUUGAGGAAGUGUCAAGAAGAGAGGGACAAGCUGAACAAACUGAAGAAUACUCCGCCUACCCCUCUCAGGAAGCCAGACUUUUCGAGCCUCAUGACGCCCAAUUCUACGGCAAAGGAGAACCAGGAAAAUUGGAGGUGAAUGGGCUACAACCAUCACCGAUGGAUGCAUGGCCAAGAGCGAGGUAGAGGCAAGGCACAGUAUGGCACCUUUGCAUCCAAUCGUUGUAAUCUGUCCCCAAGCAAUAAAAGUGCUCUUGAUCACAUAGCUCUGCACCCACUAAAAGAGUGUCACUCCUCUGUUUGUGUCACUCCACCAAACAGAAAACAAUAUACUGUACACAUAUUGCCAGGCUUGGAGCCCUGAUCGGUGAUCUAUAAACCUGCUGGCCACUCUCACCCAUGGCUAGAGCUCUUCAGUUUGGGGCUAGAGGAAUGCGCAGGGAUCGUCACCACAGUUGCGCUGAGCUUCAGAUAUUCAGCACUACUAUGGAGAAGACCCUUGCGCCCCCCCCCAGAAGAAGAGGGGUGGGACUGUUUGGUCACUGGGUGGAAGAGGUACUCCAAGUGCUUGCCUGUCCACUGCUAAAGCAAAACCCAAUCUUCCCUUUUAGCUUAGAGAGAGGAACAGUGAGGAUUGAUGUUUUGUGUUUGGGUGGUGGAGCCUCAAUACUUUCCUACUCAGCCCCCCAAAUAAGCCAACCUAUUUCUCUAGUUCUGGAGAGGGUGGCUGUUUGGGUACCUGGCAGCAGAGGUGUGGGCAGUGCCUCGCCACCCAUGACCAAACCAAGCUGCAAAUAGGGGACGGGGAGUAGAGGAUUGCCCCCGAUCUCGGGGGGCAGGCGCAGGGGAAGUUCAAGAAGAGAAAGAGCAGCGGAUUUUGUCCUGGCAACCAAAACCAGCCCCAAAUUGUGGAUCGCCGGCCUUGAUUGAGCAACAGCACACACGCAAAAAAGGCACAUGGCCAUUGUCCAAAUGCAGGAUCCCUCGAAAUAACUCAUUUGCCCAAACCAUAAAUCUUUUGCAUUUAACAUAUAGCAGCAUGCAGGCAUGUAGAGUCUGACGUGUACGUCUGAUAACCUGUGCUCUGGGUCCCCCCUCUUGUUUGUUGCAAGGUAAAGAACACCCAUCAUUGGCUUACACACAGUGAACCCUACCAUGCAAUGGGUACAAGUCACCUUAAAAGAAAAAAAAAAGACUAUAGUGACUUGUUCAAGGCCAUUCUGUGAACAUUGUAGGGCUUUCUGCACCCAAGCUAAGCACUCUGGCCACAGAAUAAACACCAGUUUAGAAUGCCCUUGUUUCUGCAAAGUUAACGUUUAUGCCAUAUUUACUCGAGUCUAACGCACACCUAUUUUUUUGGCCAAAUUACAUUGCGAAAAUCAGGGUGUGCAUUACAUUCAACGGCGCGUUUACAUUUGCCAGCAAAUACUCCUUUGGUUUCAAGGUGUUGAAAAGUGAGGUGCGCGCAUUAGAUUCAAUGGCGCAUUAGACUCGAGUCAAUACGGUAACUAACCUUGGGUUCGUUUAAAAGGAAGGGAAAGGCAAAACUGGGUA